GAUCAUCAGGCGGCGUCACGCGGCCCAUUUUCUGCCACGUGUCAUGCAGUUAGGUUUCUCUCGCUGUCGAAUUUCUGCUCGGUUUGCGCCGGGCUGUGGUGUUCGUUUCUUAUUUUGCGUGUUACAACUUGUUGCUCUGCGGUGAUUAGCUGAGAGAUCGGCAGAGACCGACUUUUUCAAAAUGAGUUCAUCUUUCAACCGGUCGCCAGGCCAGUCCGUGCACAACCGCGGCAAGACAGCAGGGGGGUCAGCGGGCCGAGCCUCCGCCUCCGUUCCUGCGGUCCUGGUAACUGAUCCCGAGCCUCUGAUUGGUUCUGGAGUUCCCGAUGCUGCUGUAACACCCAAUACCGCCCGUGCUGCUGCUGGUGGUGGUGGUGGUGCUGCUGCUGCUGCUGCUGCUUCUGCUGCUGGUCUUGCUGGUGGCGCUGCUGCUGUGGACGCUGGUGGUGAGAUGAGAGAUGCGAGAAGAGGGGGGUGGGACGAGGGAGCCUGGUGGGGGGGAGGGGAGGAGUCACAGCCGGAGGAGGGAUGGCAGUCGAAGAUACCGUGCCGUUGCUUCCCAAGCAGCUGCACUUUGAGCAGCUGCCAGCCCCGGCCCUUUCCCAGCCACCCUACGGCCAGGAGCAGCAACAGCAACAGCAACAGCAACUGCAAUCACCGUAUUUGCAAGUGCAUCAGCACCAGCAGCAGCAGCGGCAAACACAGCGUCACCAGCCAUCGCAUGACCAACCAAGCCAGCAGCAGACGGAGUAUCGAGGCGUGGAGAGCACAGACGGGGCAUCGUACGACGUGCACCAGCACCGCCACCAGCAGCAGCAAUUGAAACCACCUCAGCAGCAACAAUCUUACCACCCGCAGCCGCGCCAGCAGCAGCAGACGGAGUACCGAGACGUGGAGAGCACGGACGGGGCGUCCUACGACGUGCUCUGCUGGGCGUGCGGCCUCUGCCUCUCCCUCCCCUCCUUCUCCCCCAACUUCAAAUGCGGCUACUGCGGCGCCCUCACCCUCCAAUCCCCCCGCUCCCCCUCCUCCCCCUCCCCAUCCCCCCCCUCCUCUAGUGCGCCCGUGUCCUCCGCCUCCGCCCAUUCUGUGCCAGAUAAGCCGCUAAGGCAGAGGCGGUGCAGGGCGUGUAUUGCCGCGUGGGAUAUGCUUGUGCUGACAGUGGUUAUCCUUCUCAUCACCUUUAUUAUUGCGCAUGGCCUUCGGCUCAGCAGACUUGCCCACUGUAUCAUCAGGCUCGUUCGACGGCUGGCGGUUGUGCCGCCGCUGCCACCCCCCGCGCGCCAAGCCCCCCGGGGCUCACCACUGCGGCAGCUGCGGCACGUGCGUUAUGGACAUGGACCACCACUGCCCGUUCAUCGGCAACUGUGUGGGGCGGGCCAACCAGCGGCACUUCCUGCUCUUCCUUCUCUCCACCAUCCUCAGCUGCUCCUAUGUCUGCCUCAUGGCCGCAACCACCCUCUACCUCCUCCUCCCCACUCUCGACCUCACCCCCCACAUGCCCCACACUCCCCCUGCCGAUCUCACCACCCUCCUUUCCACUGCCACGAAAGCUUUUGCCGCUGCCCUUUGGGCUGCCCGAAAAUAUCUUCCGAUCCGGGCGCUUAUCGCGUUUUACCUCUUUACUCUUGCACUCGGCACGGGGAUUUCUGUCUCCCUCCUACUGUACCAGCAGUUAGACUUCAUAUUAUCAGGGGAGGGGGGGUAUGUAGACUCGCUAAAAGCGAAAAAAGGAGCCGGAAAUGACAAGGUGAUGUGGGAGGGAGCGAAAAGGGUUGUACCGGGGAGAAUAGUGGAUCGGCGUCAAGAAGGGGUGUGCUCACUUUGUGGGAAUGGGGUUUGGACUAAAUUGUUUAAUCGGUCUGGUGUAGAUGUAUACAGGGCUUUUAGGGGGGUGUUUGGUUCUGGCAGCCCUUGGUUUUGGUGCUGUCCUCGUGUUAGGGCUCCUAGAGGAUCAUUAGCAGCGAAUUACGAUGGAGUGAAGGAUCUUUGAACUAUUUACUCUUACGUAUUGUUCCGAAAGUUUUGGCACCACAUGUUUUUGUGUGAUACGGUGAAGACUUGAAGAGAGGGCGGGCUUUGAUAUUUUAUC